AUGAUUACCACCCAGAGUGUCGCACAAAGCACGACCACGAAGCGCCGCGGGUCCAUUCAUCAGAAAAACUUAGAACCAUAUGCAACGCAAAAUCAGAUACCCACUCUUCAGGCAGCCAACACUUUUGUAAAUGGAAAUACGGCACCAUCAAUUGUUAAUUCGCGUCCUUUAGAGAGUUUCCAAGCGAGAUUCGUAUCUCUCUUUCCAGAACAAAUUCAGAGGUAUUUACCAGAGGUCAACUUAAAGGUCACAGCUCUAUGCUACAUUUGGUAUAUUACCUCAUCUGUUUCUAGUAAUUUAUCGAAAGGCAUUCUAGGUAAUUUUCCUCAUCCUGUGGCACUCACGGAGUUACAGUUCUUGAUAAGUGCAUCAUUAUGUUUGCUCUUUGUGACACUUGCCAACUUUUUGAGCUCCGAAAAGCGGAAAAAGAGCUCCCUGGCAAAAGCUCUUUUAUGUUUUCCAGAAGGUAUAUUACCCAAAUAUGCGAAUGGAAAUUUCAAGGACUGCAUUCUCGGAAGAUUUCUAUUCCCCUGCAAGUUGGCGCUGACUACUACAUUCCCUAUGGGUAUUUUUCAGCUUGUUGGCCAUAUAACUUCUCAUAAAGCGACGUCGCUGAUACCGGUAUCGUUAGUGCAUUCCGUUAAAGCGUUAUCCCCGAUUAUGACAGUGUCAUACUACAGGUUUUUCAAAGGAAAGCAAUACUCCGUAAUGACAUAUUUUACCUUGAUACCUUUGAUCUGUGGCGUUAUAAUCACCUGUUGGUCUACACACGGGCAUAAAAAACCCAAUGAAGUUAAUGGCGAAUCCGGCUUUUUCGUAGGUCUAAUAUUUGCAUUGACUUCCAUGGUUAUUUUUGUUUCUCAGAAUAUUUUUGCAAAAGGAAUUUUAACUGUAAAGAAAGAUCGUGGAAUCCUACCAUCAAAAAAUCUAAGUACUCAGGCUGGCAUACAAAAUGAAAAAGAAUAUUCUCCGUUACAACUUGAUAAAAUAACUAUUCUUUUCUAUUGUUCCUGCAUUGGAUUUCUGCUUACCUUACCAAUUUUCGUAUCAAACGAAUUGAUAAAUCUCAACUCCGAAAAGAGCGUUCUUCGUGACUUGAACUUAAAAGUGCUGAUGUUGGUACUCAUUCAUGGCGUCACGCAUUUUUUCCAGGCCAUGCUGGCAUUCCAAUUAAUUGGAAUGCUAUCGCCAGUCAAUUACUCAAUUGCCAAUAUCAUGAAGCGGAUUGUGAUAAUUGGAGUGGCACUUAUUUGGGAAUCUCAUCUUUCCUAUAGGCAAAUUUUCGGUUUAGGCAUGACCAUCAUGGGCCUUUAUGGUUAUGACAGAUGGGGCGGAGCUCAAAGGAAUUAA